AUGCCCGCAACAUUGAAGGAAUUCGAGACGGUCUUCCCCAAGCUGGUGGAAGACUUGAAAGAGCAUUGCCAACAGUACAAGCUACCACAGACAGCCCUGACCUGGUUCGAGGAGUCUCUCAACCACAACACACUCGGCGGAAAGUGCAAUCGCGGACUCUCUGUUAUUGAUACAACGUCUCUCUUGCUCGGCCGUAAGCUCAGCGACGAUGAGUUUUUCAAGACGGCCACGCUUGGCUGGCUCAUUGAGCUGCUGCAAGCCUUUUUUCUGGUUAGCGACGACAUCAUGGAUAGCAGCAAGACCCGCCGUGGCCAGCCAUGUUGGUAUCUGAUGCCCAAGAUCGGCAUGAUUGCCAUCAACGAUGCCUUCAUGCUCGAGUCCUCAAUCUACCUCCUACUGCGCAAGUACUUUCGUCAGGAGAAGUACUAUCUGGACGUGAUCGAGCUCUUCCACGAUGUCACCUUUCAGACUGAACUCGGCCAGGCUUGCGAUUUGAUCACCGCACCAGAAGACCAGGUCGAUCUCAGUAAAUUCAGCCUGGAAAAGUAUACCUUUAUUGUCAUCUACAAGACGGCGUACUACAGCUUCUACCUCCCCGUCGCACUUGCGCUCCACUUUGCCGGUAUGGCAACCCCAAAGAACCUCAAGCAAUCCGAGGACAUUCUGGUUCCCAUGGGCGAGUAUUUCCAGGUUCAGGACGACUACCUGGACAACUUUGCCGACCCAACGACGUUGGGCAAGAUCGGGACGGAUAUUCAGGACAACAAGUGCGGUUGGUUGAUCAACCAGGCCCUGAAGAUCGCCUCUCCCGAGCAGAGAAAGGUGCUGGACGAUAACUACGGGCAGAAGGACAGCAAGGCGGAGGCGCAGGUGAAGAAGAUCUUUGACGAUUUGGAGCUGGAGAGAAUCUUCCACGAGUAUGAGGAGAAGCGAGUGGGCGAAAUUCGGGAGAAGAUUGCCAAUGUCGAUGAGAGCGAGGGCUUGAAGAAGGAGGUAUUCGAGGAAUUCCUCCGGAAGAUCUACAAGCGAAGCAAAUAG